UCCGCCUCCUCGCGCCUCCCUCUGGCCAGCAGCCUGUCCAUCUAUCCGUGCGCCCCUCCUGGCCCAGCCAUCCAUCCUGGUCCUCCCGGUGCCCCCGGAUCUGGGCUUGGAAACCCCGCCUGCCCUCCUCCCUCCUGCUCGUGGAAUCGCUGCAGGGCCCUCCCAGCCCAUGGUCACGGUCACAGCCAGGGCCGGGUGGCUCGAGACUCCUGUGUUCCAAAUACAGUGUGCUGGGAAGACCUUGGGCUUCUGAGACCAUCCCGCCAGGCUGCCCAGGUAGAUUCCAUAGUGUGACAACAGCCAGGACUAGCCGGUGGUCUUGGGGUGCCCUGGCAGUGCCUGCAGCACUAACUGUGCCUUUGACCCCUGUCUCUCGGUGACUCAGGAUGGAGCCCGAGGCCGCUGCCCAGCUGGAAAGACGCCAUGUGCAUGAGGUCUACGAAAGCACAGCGGCCUACUUCAGUGACCUGCAAGGCAAGGCCUGGCCACGCGUCCGCCAGUUCCUCUUGGAGCAGAAACCUGGCAGCCUCGUCGCAGACAUAGGUUGCGGGACUGGGAAGUAUCUCCGCGUCAACAGCCAGGUGUACAAGCUGGGCUGUGACUAUUGUGGGCCUCUGGUGGACAUCGCGCACAGCAGGGGCUGUGAGGUCCUGGUGUGUGACAACCUGCGUUUGCCCUUCCGAGACCGCAGCUUUGACGCCAUUAUCUCCAUUGGAGUCAUCCACCAUUUUUCAACAGCACAAAGGAGAACCCGAGCCAUCCAGGAGAUGGCACGGGUGCUGGCCCCCGGAGGACAAGUCAUGAUCUAUGUUUGGGCCAUGGAGAAAAACCACCGGCACUUUGACAAGCAGGACGUGUUCAUUCCCUGGAACCCUGCCCUGUGUUCCCAGCUCCUGGCAGAGCCAGCUCCCUCAGGACGGAAGCGUGUGUGUGGACAGCCCAGAGCCACCCCUGAUGGGCCCCCCUGCCGCCUGGCCUGCUCUGUCUGUGGCUGCCCCGUGUACCUUGAGAAGAGGCAGGAAUCCCAGCGGUCCCACAGUCUAGAUGGCUCUGGGCCUCCCGGCUGCUGUAGGGAGCUGGCAGAAGUGAGGGAUGGGGACAGUGGUUUCUAUAGCAUUUUAGGGAAGUCAUUCCGCUCCUGGUUUUUCUCCCAAUCUUUGGAUGAAUGCACUCUAAAGGAGCAUGUGGAGAAGGCUGAGCAUGCCACAGAGGAAUGGGCCCUAGGUCACCCCGUGUCUGUCCAGCCUUCGAAGUUCCGUCAUCUAGACCUUGGCGAUCAGGAGCCACUGUCACAAGAACAAGGUGACGCCAUUGCCCCUGGGCUCACGCAAACCCCAGAGUGGCCCCUGCCCACAGUGCCCCACAAAGACACUCACAGCCAGCAGCAAGGGGGCUGCUUUCUCAGACAGUCUACAGUGGAGCAUAGCUGCAGGUCAGCCUGCCCCGGGGGGACAGGAAAGCAGGCCACCAGCCAGCUCUGGAAAAGGAGCUCCCUCCCCCCUCCCUUCAUCAGCCUGGCAGCUGCCAUGUCCACUGGGGCAUCACAAGCAGAGGCGCCAGGCUCCGGAGCGUUAACCCGUUACUACCACGUGUUUCGGGAAGGGGAGCUCUGCUGCUUGGUGGAGCAGCAUGUGCCAGAGCUCCGGGUCCUGAGCUCCAUCAAUGACCACGGCAAUUGGUGCAUUGUUGCUGAGAAGAAGCCAGGGAUGAUGGCCUGCUGACUAGGCCAUCUUGGAGAAGUAACUCACGGGCAAAGGAAGGCAGGCCUGGUGCUUGCUUCUGUGGCAGGGUAUGCCUGUGAAGGCCAGCAGUCUGAGGAGGGGCCACAACAGAGGCCAGGGGAGGGGGCUCCUGAAGAAAACUCUUCCACCUUCCUCCUCUAGUGGCUCAUUUCUGUUCUCAGAUAUUCCCUUUAGAAACCAGCAUCUUCCUUAAGUCACCAUCAGCAUCUCUCUUUAAAAUUGGGAUUUCUCCUUUGGGUCCGCCUGAGGUCCUUUUACAAAUCUCCUGGCAGAGCUGUCUCAGGGACCCCAUGGAGAUGGGACUAAAGCCAGUGCCCUGCCUGAUGUUAAGGGAGGGUGAAUGGAGAAAGGCCAGGGGUAGGGAAGGGGAUCCCACACAUGCCCCAGUGUGGGGGUGAGGCAGGGGAGGACUGUGGUCCUGCAAGGUCUCUAGAGACACUGGCUGGAGCUAGGAAGGACAGCAGGACAGCAGACCCAGUUCUUUGUCCCAGACUAUCCCAGUCUCUUAGAGACUGGAGUCUUGGUAGUUAAGGCCACUGCCCAAUAUUACGGAUGGGUUUUCUUUCUUUCUUUCUUUCUUUCUUUCUUUCUUUCUUUCUUUCUUUCUUUCUUUCUUUCUUUUUCU